CUCUCCUCUUUUUUCCAGCAGCCUCGCAAGAUCACCAGCAGCCUCCGAGACGAGCGAGAGACGAGAUAGACUGUCUCAGGAACCUCCGUUAAAGCCCCUAGGACUCGUGCGAACGUCGUGAACAUGACCUGCUGUACCCUGCGGUGUGUCAUCAAGUGCGGCAUCUUCUUGGCCGCCUUGGACAUCAUCCACGCCGUCACGAGUUUUGGCUUCUAUGGCUACCAGUACAUUAUCGAGAUGUGGUACUUGUGUCCGAUCGACCUUGCGGUGGAGAAAUGCCACAAUAAGAUCUAUAUCUUCGAGCAGAUGUUCGAAAUGCGCUGCUACAUCGGCGUCGGGGAAGGCAUCGCCGGCAUCUUCUGCUGCGCCAUCUAUAUCCUUGCGUUAGUCAAGCGCAAGCCCUCUCUCACCUGGCUGUGGCUCAUCAAGUCCUUCGCUGUCAUCGGCGUCAACAUCUACUACCUGAGCAACUGGGUCAUCAGACAAGGCCGCUACGACCACCUGGAGUGGGAGAAGCAGACGUACGAGGACGAGUUCAUCUGGGCCGCCGAAGGCCUCACCCUCGCGCAGAUUCUCAUCAUGCUCUUCUAUUGCCUCAUCGGCGGCCUCUUCACCUACAAGGUGGUGGAGGAGAAGCGCGCCAGCCGCAGGAGCCUGCGGUCGCGCCGCAAGUGGAACUCGCACGACGCCACGGCGCCCCCGAUGGGCUACGACGACGAGGAGGCGCAGUACCUGAACCAGGCGCUGACCAACAGCGAGAAGACGCUGCCGGUGCGCGCCUCCAAGCAGAGCCUGGCCGCCGCCUCGCAGCACAGCAUGACGGAGCUGGACCGCCCCGACUCCUACAAGCACUCGACGGGCGUCUAGAGGCGGUGGGCGGGGCUUGUUGCCGCCGCGGAUGAGCGCUCUUAGAGUUUUAUAAUUUUAUUUUUUGAUAGUCGUCCUCUCCCUCUCCCUUUCUCACUUCCUUGCGUCGAGAGCCAGCUGGGGCUCGGGUCUCCUGAGAGAUUUUUCCGAGAGACUUUUCCUUGGCCCGGGAGGGAGGACUCCCGUGGCUUCCAUCCGUCGCCAGCUAGCUAAUAUUUGAAUCAAAUAUUUGAUCUAGUCGGCGGAAAUAUCUUCUUUUUGUUCGUGUGAAUCUCUUCCUUGCAUGCUUCGUGGCUUCUGACAUUCUGACUGAGGCGUUUUUUUUGUUUCAUUCUCUUUUCAUUUUAUUUUAGCUCAUGUUUUGAAAGAAAAGAAGGAAAGGAGUUAAAAAAAAAGGCAUCUGAUCUUUGAAAACGGAUCUCUUAAGCUUCAAGCGAAAGUAAUCUCUUGUCAGAUUUAGAAAUAAGAAUCUUUCAACAACCGGAAGUGAAAGACAAAACCCCGACCGUGAGUACUUUUCGUGCCAUGAAGGAAACCUCGAGCCUGACUUCGUGUUUUCUUGUAAAAAAAA